AAAAGUGACCGCUUCAUUUAACCUGGGCGCUACAAGUUAGUUGCUUUUAUUGUUUUUACAUGAAUUUAUUGUCUUAUCAUCGCUGUCGUCUUUACUUCUGAAAUUCUAUAUAAUAUGACGCGUCAAAAAGUCAUUUGUCACUCGUAAACUGUGUGUACUUGGUAGAAUCACGCUGGGUUAUACUUCAAUAUUAGUUGUGCACGAUAAAGAUUUUUAGGGCAAAUACAGUGUUCUUGAGGAAUGUUUAAAUCAAUAGCAAAUUUCUGUUUCCAGUCGUAACUUAUCACUAGUAGAUGAGUAAGUUUAUGACAAUAUGUAUGCAUUAAUCCGAUGAUUAAAUCGCACCACCUAUUCGUGUUCAAUAAUUAUCAAGGUCCGAUUUGUCUUCGCAACCAAUCCUUUCUGUGCAUUAACACGUUUUCGAUGCACUUUGCUUUGUUCUCAUGUAAUGGCAUAAUUUGGGAUGUGUUCAAUUGCUUCAGGAAAGUACCUUUUGCUUUUACCAGUAAUGUAGACAAUGGCGCUUCCUUGGAAUGAAACCCAUAUCCAUAAAUGCAUAGUUAUCCUAAAAAAAUGACUACUGAAAAUGCCUCUUCAAAAAACUGGGAGCUUACUUUAUACGAAUUGCAUCGUAAACCACAAGAGCCUAUUACUGAUGGAACUGUUAUUGCUGUUAGCCCAAGAAGUUUAAAAAGUGAACUAAUGUGUCCAAUAUGUUUGGAUAUAUUAAAAGUGACUAUGACUACAAAAGAGUGUUUACAUCGUUUUUGUUCUGAAUGUAUUAUCACUGCCCUACGAAGUGGUAAUAAAGAAUGUCCAACAUGUCGUAAAAAAUUGGUAUCAAAACGAUCUUUAAGACGAGAUCCAAAUUUUGAUGCAUUGAUAGCCAAAAUUUAUCCAAGUCGUCAAGAAUAUGAAGCACAUCAAGAUAAAAUUUUGGCUCGUUUAAAUCGACAACAUUUAAGCGCUUCAUUGACACGUUCCCUUGAACAGCAAUUAGGCAUAAAUGGGAAUAAUGCUGCUGCUGUUGCUAUUACUACUACUACUACCACUACUAGUACUACUACUAAUACAGUUGCUGCUGGUAUCACUGGUGGUCGAUCACGAAGUACAAUCAAUACUGGACGUGUACAAAUAUCAUCAAUCACUGGGAAUACUUUAAAUGAUGUUGAUAGUACUACUAUCACUACUACCAUUACUAAUGCUACUACUACUAAUACUACAACUACUACUACUACUACUGGAACAAAUGAAGUAAAUACUGAUGCUGGAAUAAGUGAAGAUGAAACAUUAUCAAAUUUUGCUGUUAAUGGAUUAUGUUCUAGACGACGUGUCUCUGCAUUACAUCACCAUAAUCAGUUAACUAAUAAUUCUGAUACAGAGAGUGGAAUGGAUACAAAUUCAAUUGGUGAAAAUAGUUCUAUAUCCGAUUUACCAAUUGUACAGCAUCGAAGCAAUCUAUCAGCCAAUACUACUACUACUACUAAUACUACUAACAUUGUUAUUAGUAGUAAUAAUCAAGCUAACAGUACUGGGUCGAAUUUACAUCAUUCACAAUCUCAGUAUACUUGUUCAAUAGAUCGUGAUAAUUUACAAGUUAAUAAUACUUUACAUAAUACUAAUUCUAUAUCAUCUGUUUUAUCACCAUCUGUAUUCCCUGAGAUUGAAGUCUUGCUUAAACCACAUCCACGUUAUUCUUCACAGUAUACAGCUGCUGCCACCGCUACAGGUUUGACAACAUCAUGUAGUCCAUCUACAUCAACAGGACAUCGUAACAACAGUAGUCAUAGUGUAGGCAUAAUCAAUAAUAGUCAUAAUAAUUAUUAUCAUUACAAUAAUGCUAAUAAUAAUUACAAUGAUCAAGGAAAUGGUUUAAUUAAAUAUCUGAAAGCACCAACCAUCACUACAGUUGAUCAUCUGUGUAGAUAUUUAACUGUACGCAUUAAUCUACAAAGAAUAAACAGAGAAGUAUCGGAUGAAAGUGUUCGAUUCGUUCUAUACAGUUAUAAUGAAAAUACAAAUACUUAUCAAUUGUUAGAUUCGCAUACAUCUAUUGAAGAAAUUAGUCGAGAACAAUUUCAUGGAGUGAAUUGUCUUGAUUUAUACUAUGCACGAGAUGAUCUAUUCGAUGAUAAUAAUUAAGUGGAUUGUAUCAAUUGACACAUUGAAUAGAAUCUGGAUAAUCAUCAUUACCAUCAUCAUCAUCAUCAUUUUAAACAACUUUUGCAUGAGAUAAUAAUCCCCAUGUGUAGAAAAAUUAUUCAGCUAUCUUGUUGGUUAGUAUUCAUCUAGUAGUAGUCUAUGUUCUUUCUAUUUUUCUAUUUUGUAAGUUGUAUAGUUGGAUCCAGUGAAGAAGUCUUCAAUAAUUCACCUUUUAGUUUUUUCUCUUGUUGUUAGUACACUUGUGUUCACCUUUUCUCCUAUCGGCCAUUUUCCUCUUAUUAUUAUCAUCAUCAUUGUAUCGUACAAUGUGUGGCAAUAUCUGUCUGUCUGUCUGUCUGUCUGUCUGUCUGUCUGUCUGUCUGUCUGUCUGUCUGUCUGUGUUCGUAUGAUUGUAUGAUAUCAACACAAUCAACGUGGUUAAAACGAUGAUCAGCUUCGCUUUCAUUUGCUUUAUCCUACAGUACACCUUGUUUAUUUGUUUGUAUGUGUUUAUAGCUUACUGGCUUGAUUCCACCAAGCCGCUGUAUCCACUGAUCAACCUUUAUAAUAGUGUAGAUAUUUCCUCUGGUAUAAAUAUUGUUAUGGUUGUGUUACCAUUAUGUGUCCGCAUACGUGUUAGUCUGUGAUGACAGUCGUCAUUCUUACUGGAUCCCAGUUAUUGUUCCUUGCCUCUAUCUCUCUGUCUCUCUCUCUCUCUCUCCCCCUAACUCCCACACAAAUACCGAUUUUCUGUAUAGACUUGUUCUCUUUCAAAAUUAGUGAUUCAUAUCUGGAUAUUGUAUAAAUUUACCAUCAUUAUUAUUAUGGUUUCAUUGAUAAUUUCCCCUUCCUUUAUGAAUAAAACUGUCACAAUGUGG